CCACUGGAGGCGAGAGGAGAACUUGGACUACGGCAUGGGCUCGUUGACUGCUGCUGCCCUGCGGUUCCCGCUGCUGCUGCUGCUGUUCAGCAUGAAGCCCCAAGGAGGAGCCAACGCUUAUCCCGCGUACAGCUCGGCCUCCACUGCGGAACUGGCGGACUUCAAGACCCUGCUGGACCGCCUGGAGGACAAGCUCCCAUCAGAAGAAGCCGAGGCAGGUCUGUCCCAAGAAAUGAAGGAACAGGAUGAGGAAGCCCCAGGAGAUGCCUCACGCCCCCUGGCUCCAAGGAACAGCGACUACGUUAGACCCCAAAGAGAAGGCCUGGCCUAUGGGCGCAACAGCUGGGAGCUGCCUGAGAAACCUCCGUCUGCCCUGAGGAGCAAGCUACGAGCACUGCUGAACUCGCCACGCAGCAUGAGAAGGUUCUCGGAUUGCUUUGGCCAACGGAUAGAUAGAAUAGGAGCCCAGAGCGGACUUGGAUGCAACAGCUACCGGUUUUGAAGCUAUACCUGGAGAUGGGGGCAAUCCUGAUCUUCUUCCUCAGAUCCCUGGACAUCGAAGCUCUUCCAAAGUCAACUGCAUCUUCUUAGCUCCUCGCUGGUAACUUAUGUUGCAGCAGGGACAGUAGGCAAAACUCAGCUGCCAUCUGGCUUCACCCAUUUGCAAACAAUUUCCCCCCUCCGCCCCCCAGCACCAUGAGUCAAACAAUGCACAGGAUGUUGGCUUUCUCCCUGAAGUGUAAGGGUUAAAGGGUAAUUUUAGUCCGUUGUCACUGAAAAGAAUCCCAGCCUAGAUUUCAGCACCUUGGACAGAAAGUGCAGGUCUGUUUCUUUCAUCAAAUAAAUGAGUGCAAUAAAAGGCUACUGUUAAUUUUUCCAUA